CAAAACUCCCAAUACCAAUGCAAGAAUGGCCAAUGUGUUAGCAAACGUUACCGGUGUAAUGGAAUUAAAGACAGUUGUGUGGAUGGCUCAGAUGAGACCGGCUGUGUAUGUCUUACUGGUCAGUUCACGUGCUUCGAUGGAUCAUGCAUUGAUGUCACUGACCUUUGUAGCGGAAUAUCAAACUGCAAAGACGCUGAAGAUGAAAUGYGGUGUGCCCUUAUUCUUUUUCAUGCUAGAAGGUGACCCUUGUCAGCUAAGUCAAUGCAUUGAUGGGAAAUGUCUAACUUCAUCAUCACAAUGUCAAGAUGCGACAUACAAUAUCUCUGAAUGCUGGGAAUCAAAUACUUACCGAAAGAAUAUCUGUAGAGAAAAGAAUGCAAAUUGCAAAACUACAAAAGGAACCUGUGGGUUUGAAAAUGGACCUUGUGGAAUGGAGAAUGAAAAUGGCUGGAGUUACUACACGCCCAACAGCAAAACCUCGUACAAAACCUUUGAUCAUUCCUUUUCAGAAGGAGGUAGCUACUACAUUGCACGUCCCACUGGCAACCCAUCUACAGUCAGCAAAUUGUCCAUGCAAUGGUCCCAAACCAAACCUUAUUGCAUGCAGUUUUGGUACAAUGUCCCUGCUAAGUCUUAUUCUUCGAUUCAAAUUUGUACGGAAGAAAAUAAUUCAACCAUUUGUCUUUGGAGUAUGCCCAGUAGCAUUACUGAUGAAUGGACAUUUGGGCAGGUUGAAAUACCCGGGAAUUUUAAAGGAAACUUGCAGAUCAUUGGUAACGUARCCAAGGGAGAUUUUGCAGCGAUUGAUGAUCUCAGUUUUAUCGAAUCGCCUUGUUCUUCAGUUGCAGUUCAGAAAAAUCCUUCAUGCUAUUUUGAUGGUCGUCAAUCGUGUCACAUGAACAUCGACAAAUCUUGGGUUCGAACAAUGCACAAGGAUCGACAAGGCGAGAGCAACUUCUAUUUACGUCUGGCGAUUUCAAACAAUGUAUCUAGCACGAUAUCAAGCUCAGAUUUAAAUCCAAAAUCAGAUGGAUGGAAAUGCUUACGAUUGUGGAUGAACAGUGARAAAAGAUAUUUUCCUGUGAAGCUGAAUAUAACAUAUAAGAGCCUGGAUUAUUCGAAAGAGGUUUUUAGUUAUGCAUCAGCUACACCUGGUUGGAUUUACAUUCAGACAUUAAUAGCAGCAGAAAAACAUAAUGUUCAGGCUGUAAUUGAAGGAGAAAGAAAUAAGUAUGCCGCGCUAUCAGUAGAUGAUAUCGCUUUUUCAAAAUAYCAAUGUCAAAGUAUUCCAGACAUCACUUCAGGCAAAGAGUGCCUUGAAUAUAGCAUAUUGGACUCGCUUGAUCGAAGRAGGGAUCGCAAYGGCCGARGGGAAUCUUCAGACGACAGCAGCCUUUCAACUACAUCAUGGUAUCGCAUUACUGGAUUGUCGGGCAAUGCAAUUGCUAAAGAGUGCAAUUGGAAUUCUACUUAUGCUUGCUAUGCACACUUCCAGGGUUGGGUCAAUGAAGCUAUGCCCACUGUGUCCGAGGGUCGUGUUAACAGGACAAUGUGCUUUCGUGAUGGAAAGACUAAAGAGUGUUGUUUUAUUACUAGCAUUAUAACUGUUCGCAAUUGUGGUGACUACUUUGUUUAUCGUUUUCCGAAAUUUAACAUUCUAACAAGAGCGCAUGUUCCUGGUCAUGCUGUGAGAGCUGGAAAAGUCUGUACCGAAUAUAGUGCGAAGAAACUAACAAUUACCWCAGAAUGGGAAAACUGGACUAACCUUUCAUCAACGGUGCAGCAGUGGAGAAUCCUCAAUGAGCAGCAGUUUAUUUCCUUUUCAAAAUCUAUUCUUGUUCAGCAAGAUCUUCGAGCUGUGAAUCCUAGCAUUGGAGUUCUUGUAAAUCGUUCAGCCUCUUUUGAUGUACCGAUAAAACCAAAUAUUCAAACAUUUACAAUGUGUUUUUGGAUAUCUGUAAAUGACAAUUUUUCGAAGCCCAUUAGAAUUUCUAUGAAGACAGUCCCAGCAGUUCUAUUGGAUUUGGUCACUCACCGGUCGGUUUGGAGGCACUUCUGUAUUAUGUCCCAGUAUGGUGUGUACUUGAUUUAUGUGGACGGAGUGGCAAGCAAGACAGUUUAUGGACCCCGCAAGCUCCAAAGUGCAGUAAUAGCUGUUUCCAUCAUCUCAUCUGAARCUAUACAUGUCAAGCUUACUGAUGUAAAUGUUUGGGACACGUUUCUUGUUGAACAAGUCAUUUUGUAUAUGUCGUACAAAUGUGGAGCAGACAGAGGUAACAUGGUUGUGUGGGAAGAGCUCGCAAAGAAUCUAACAAUAGUUUCCAGUKCCAAUACGUCCGUCACAUAUUAUGACAGAACAUCUUGCGAGGGCAGACAAGGAAACGUGCUUAGCGUUGUGUCCAAUGCAACUACACCGUCCUCAUCAAAAGCAGCAAUUCUAAGCCCUCGUUAUCAUUUACCACUUGCAUGGGUCAAAUCAUCAUCAAGAUGUCUAAGAUUUAGAUAUCGCCUUUGGGGCCCUGGAGCUAGAGUACUGAAACUGUAUCAAGUCUUMGACGACAAAAUGCUCCCAAGAAGGAAAAUAUGGAUGGAUGGAGACAGUAGUUCAGGUUGGAAAGAGGGCCAAGUCACUCUGUCGGCUGUAACCAGAUAUCAGAUAGCGAUCGAGGGACACGUUACCAAUGGGUCAGGCCUGAUAUCAAUAGGAGCUUUGUAUACAACUGAAGAAAGCUGUGCUAUUUUACCUGCUACUGCAAAUAAAGCAUGCAAUGAAGUCUUUACAAGCACCUCUGGUAUCAUCAUGUCUCCCUACUAUCCUGGUUACUACAUCAACAACAUGAGCUGUAAAUCGACUAUAAAAGCCGAGGAAGGGCACGUGAUUCGUUUAGAUAUUGUUGAGUUUGAGCUGGAGAUAAGCAAACGAUGUGAAAGUGACUUUGUUGAGGUGUUUGAUGGAAGUUCGCGGAUUGGUCGCUUUUGUGGUAUAAGGUAUCCACCAAUUAUUCAGUCAACCACGAACCAGCUUUCAGUUCUAUUCCAAUCAAAUGCAGAGAUCACUCGAUUAGGGUUCAUGGCGCACUACCGAGUCCUAAAAGAUAAUGACACAAGUAAAGACUGCAUUCAAGACUGUCCAGCUGAAUGCGAAUGCCGAAGGUUGUCAGACGGCAGAAUAGUUGUCUCAUCGAGAGGUCUUAAUUCUGUCCCUGGUCGACUCCCUCUGCAAACAGCUAUAAUCUUUUUUUCUGGUAACACGAUUUUUCGACUGCAAGGGAAGACAUUCCACAAUCUUCCGCAGCUGGCUUUGAUAGACCUAAGUUUUAACAGGAUAAUCGACAUGGAAGGAAAUGCUUUCGGGACACUAGCGUCGCUUCAUACUCUGAAGCUGAACAUGAAUUUCAUCAGGGAAAUCAAAAAUGAAACAUGGAUUGCAGUCGAGUCAUUGCAAAACUUGGAUCUUGGUCGCAAUUUGAUUUCUGGUAUUGGAAACAGGAUAUUUUCAGAUCUCCGAAAUUUAAAAGUAUUAAGUCUAAGUGAAAACUUAAUCAAAYUUCUUCACGUCGAUGCUUUUCUGAACAAUAGGCAUUUGACAUCUUUAUAUCUGCAUGGUAACGCCAUACGGAGACUUCCUUUUUACCUUUUUCGAAACCAAAUAAAUCUUCGAGUGCUGUACCUGCAUAACAACAAGCUAGAAACGUUCACCAGACUGACUUUCAAAGGACUCUCGAUGCUUGAAAAAUUAACGCUUUAUAAUAACACAAUCAUAGAAUCUAAGGUACCRCGUGAUGCCUUUUCAGAAUUGGAAAGCCUUAAAUACCUGAAAUUAGACAGUUUCAUCCUGUGCUGCUAUGCCAAAAGGACUAUUCCUACACUAAUGACAUGUGAAUCCCAAGCAAAUGGGUUUUCUAGUUGUGAGGAUAUGCUGAAAAGUACCGUUAUUCGUGUUGGUAUAUGGAUACAGGGAUUGUUUGCUUCYUUUGGUAACUUUGCUGUCAUAUUAUGGUGGACGGUAUUAAAUAGGAAAAAGUCUUCAAAUUUGAACAGGAGCAAAUCGAAUGUGCAGUCGUUGCUCUUAAGAAAUUUGGCUYUAGCUGACUUCCUUAUGGGCAUCUACUUGCUUUUCAUAGCGAUACARGAUGCAAAGUGGAAAGGGGAAUACGUGGAUCAUGACGUCGAAUGGCGAUCUGGUGUGUCUUGUCAAAUAGCAGGAGCCAUCUCGACUCUCUCCAGCGAAGUCUCGGUAUUGAUGCUAGUUGUCUUAACCGCAGAUCGAUUUAGUACCAUCGUUUUUGACUUCAAAGGAAAACGCCUCAACCUAAAAACUGCUCGUUUUGUUUGUUUUUUCGUUUGGAUCAUAGGAAUAGCCAUUGCUUUCAGUCCAUUGCUUGCAUCCAGCUACUUCCACGAUGAAACAACUGGAGUUUCCUUCUAUGGACGGUCAACAGUUUGCCUCCCUUUUCAGCUUUCCUCUGAUAAACCUGCAGGGUGGGAGUACUCCGUCGCUAUUUUUAUGGGCUUUAAUGGUGCGGCUUUUGCCUUUAUUCUAGUUGGUUAUGUAGCAAUAUUCAUUAAGGUCCAACAGUCUGCCAGAAGUGUGCAGUCAGCUAGAGAGCCWUCGUCUUUGGGGACACGAAUUAUGUUCAUUGUCCUGACUGACUUUUUCUGUUGGAUGCCAGUAAUUGUGCUUGGUGUUCUGUCUCUCGUCGGUCAAUUUCAGGAUCCAACAGGACAAGUGUAUGCUGUGAUUGCUGUUUUUGUUCUUCCAGUGAAUUCCUCMAUCAAUCCUGUCAUGUACACAUUUGCUACUCCACAAGCAAAGAAAGCAUUUCAUCAACUGACAUCCAGAAGGUUUACAAAACAAGUAUCAGUAAACAGCAUGCAAAGCCAAGUCACCAGUCUUUCAACAUUUCGUCAAAGGAAAAGUGUUACGGACGAAAAGCAAAUUAAAAUCGAAUUGGAACAGAUAAACUGAAGAUAUACAUACGUCGUCUCGCAAAGGACGGCAGUGAAGUGAGAUUUCCCGAUUAGUAUUUAGAAUCUAUUCAAUAAAAUCCUGAGCACCUAAAUUACAUAUGGAGAGUUUGCACUGUUGUAAGCAAUCUCAUAAAAGCCGUCUUCAUUUCAGCUCUCAUCAUGCUUAAACAAUAUUGUGAUACUUGUCUUAAGUUCACCAAAGAAUUGAAGUCACAAAUUACUUUUAACAUUCCAGACAUAUUUGAGCUCCWCGCGGUUUUUCCAUACUUACAUGGUACGUUAGUUUAGUGUAACUGGUAGUUACAAUUAUGUAAAAUAUAACUAUAAAAAAUACAGAAUACUAAUAGAUAUCGAUCUAGUAAAAUGAAUACUCAAAAUUGCAACUAUUUACAAUGCCCACAUUAUAACUUUAUUAGAUAUUAUCUAAGUAAUUUUAGCAAGUUACUUAAAAUUAAAGUUGAAGUUAGCAUUACAGUUGUUGAAAAUUGCAUUUGUCGCAGAAUUACUCAAAAAACUAUUAGGUACACUAGCUAGCAUUUCAACUGAAACAUCAAAAUUGUAACUACUCRAUUUUUCAAUACUUAYAUGGUACGUUAGUUUAGUGUAACUGUUAGUUACAAGAAUGUAAAAUAUAAUUACCUUMGAUCAUUUUUGUUGAGAAAGUUAAAUGGUUUUUCUGCAUUAACGUUUUGGAGAUGUCUAUUAAUGCCGGAGACAAUCACAUAUAGAGAUUUAGGUGGAUAUCGUCCRCCACUCUUGUUGGCAACCUCUCCGACGAACUUUGUCAACCAAAAGUUUAACGUAGCUGGAGUCAUAUCUUUGAGCUCCGUGUCAAGAUCUUGAAUAUUAUCCAUAGCACGCGCAAAGCCAACGCUCUCGCUUGCUGCUAAUUUAUUUACUCUCGCUCCUUGCCACUCUCUUGAAACAUUUUGACACUCUCCAUUUUGUGUUAUUUUUAGUAUUAGAUGGCACAGUAUCCUGCAACCAAUGUUCUUCUUCACGUUUAUUUUUUKGGUUUUCUAAAGUUAGCCAUCUCAAGCUUGUUCUUAGUGCAUGGACACUAACUAAAUGCAAAAAUUAUGCGACGUGCGGCCCGUGGAACAGAUAACAAAAGGUGCUUCAUUACCUAGCCAUGGUUGCAUAACCACAUUGUAGAACAUAUAUGAUGUAACAAUGUCUUUUGUAAUACGCUUAAAGAGCAAUACAUAAUUCUAUUGUUACUGAGAAACAACACAUUUUAUAGCUUUUAGCUAUCGUUAAUAACGUAUGUGCUCAAUGAUGGAUAUCAUAAGUCUUUUUUUUACACUAUAAACAUAUUACAACAUUACAUUACACUAUAUUUGUUUUACAUUAACCAAUUAUUUACGAAAUUAUACUCCUGCUAUUUUCUAAACUAUUUUGACAUUUUACAACUGUGUACAUAUGAUUAUGAA